GCCCCCUCGCCGCGUCACGUGGCGGCCCGCGGCGGUCAGGUGACGGCCGGCAGGGGCAGCGCCGCCGGCUCGGCCCGGUCCGUCUCGGUGCAGCCGGCGGGGGCGGUGCCCGGUGCGGCGGCGGGGGCGGGUCGGGUCGCCCCGAGCUAAGCGCGGUCUCGGCGGGCGGCGGGGCCAUGCGGCCGCGUUGGCGGGGCCCGCUGUGGGCCCUGGGGCUGCUGGUGCUGCGCGCGGCGGCCGGCGGCCCGCCCAGCUUCGUGCUGCUCCUGGCCGACGACCUGGGCUUCGGGGACCUGGGCAGCUACGGGCACCCCUCCUCCGCCACGCCCCACCUGGACCGCAUGGCCGCCCGCGGGCUGCGCUUCACCGACUUCUACAGCAGCUCCCCGGUGUGCAGCCCCUCGCGGGCAGCCCUGCUGACGGGCCGGUUCCAGAUGCGCUCCGGGGUCUACCCCGGCGUGUUCAACCCCGACUCCCGGGGAGGCCUGCCGCUGGCGGAGACCACCAUCGCGGAGGUGCUGAAGGCUGAGGGCUAUGCCACGGCCAUGGUCGGCAAGUGGCACCUGGGGCUGGGGGUUAACGGCUCCUUCCUGCCCACCAAGCAGGGCUUUGACCACUUCUUGGGGGUGCCCUACUCCCACGACCAGGGUCCGUGCCAGAAUCUCACCUGCUUCCCGCCUGACAUCAAGUGUUUUGGGACUUGUGACCAGGGCUUAGUGCCAGUCCCGCUGCUCUGGAACCAGAGCAUUGUGCAGCAGCCCGUCUCCUUCCCUGAUCUGGUGCCGCUCUACAACAAAUUCUCCCGGGACUUCAUCACUGACUGUGCCCAGCGAGGCCUCCCCUUCCUGCUCUACUACGCCUCCCAUCAUACACACUACCCCCAGUUUGCAAGCCAGGAGUACACAGGGCAGUCGCAGCGGGGGCCCUUUGGCGAUGCCCUCAUGGAGUUCGAUGCCUCAGUGGGACACUUGCUGCAGGCGUUGCAGGACAAUGGUCUCACAGACAGGACCCUGGUGUUUUUCACCUCUGACAACGGCCCUUCCACCCUGCGGAUGGCCCGUGGAGGCAGCUCUGGCCUUCUGAGGUGUGGGAAGGGAACGACGUAUGAAGGUGGCAUGCGGGAGCCAGCAGUGGCUUAUUGGCCAGGCCGCAUCGCUCCAGGAGUGACCCAUGAGCUGGCGAGCACCCUGGACAUCCUGCCAACACUGGCUGCUCUGGCUGGAGCAACUCUUCCCAGGACUGCCCUGGAUGGCUAUGACUUGAGUCCGGUGCUGUUUGGGUCGGGGAAGAGUCCCCGUCAGACGAUGUUCUUCUACCCGCCGGCCCCCGAUCAGCUGCACGGCGCCUUUGCUGUCAGGCUGGGGAGGUACAAGGCCCAUUACUUCACACAAGGUUCCUUUCACAGUGAUACCACCCCUGACCAGGCCUGCCACGGGCUGACCCUGCUGACCCCCCACGUGCCCCCGCUACUCUUUGACCUGGAGUCGGACCCUGCUGAGCACUACGAUUUGGUGCAGAGCGGUGCAGGGCCAGAAGUUCUGCAAGUGCUGAAGGAGAUCAAAGUGCAGAAGGUGCUUUUUGAGCAGCACAUGGAGUUUGGAGAAAGCCAGAUCAACAAGGGCAGAGAUCCUGCCCUGCAGCCCUGCUGCAUCCCAGAUUGUACCCCCAAGCCCUCGUGCUGCUGCUGCUCCUAGCCUUCUGCUGCCCCAGUCCCUUCGAUCGCUUCACAGUCGCACCCUAUUCCAGACCCACCUACCAGAGUCCUCUGCUGAUCGAGCUCAGCCACAGAGCUGCCUGGAGAUUUGGCUCAGUGACGUCCCUGACUGUGGGGAACUGGUGUGGCGAGCUGUGAGCUGGGAAGGGUACCAGCCCUCCUGGACCCUGCGCUCCGCACUGGACCUGCAGACUGAGGUCUCUUUACAGAAACUGUGACCUGUGCAGGGAGGGACCAUGAUACGGCAUCGUCUCCGGAGUCAGCACAGCUGCAUUCAGACCAUGAUGAAGAGGAAGCAAAGGCCAUGCCGUGGUAUGCUCAGACCCCGACUCGCUGGAGGUGUGCUGUGCCACCCUGAGUGGGAACAGGCAUGGGAGCUGCAGCACAGCCACCUGCCAGGGGCCAUGAGCAGCCAGUUUUGCUACAUCUGUACCCAAAUUUGGUAUUUCAGAUACUGUUAUCUGAUUCAUCUCAGGUUGCUGUGUUAUUACUGAUGUGACUUCCUAGAUACCACCGCCCUUGCCAGAUUCCACUCCCUAGCAAUGCCUUCAGUCGUCUGUGAACCUUGGCCAUCUCUCACGUGACCCCCCCAAGCACCUGUGAAACCUGGCCGUUCCUUGUAAUGCUGUCUGUAACCCAUCAGCCUCUCACUGUGCUAUUCGUCACGUUCAGCAGUUUCUCAUAACAUGUUCAGGAGUUUCUCUUGGUCUA